AACUUCAAAAACCAGUCGAUUUAUUUCAAAAUUUGCACGUUUUUUUCGAAGGUCGGUUUAUUUGAAUUGUUGUAGCCGUCUUUUGCUCCCCAUAGUGCUUCGCUUGGCAGUAAUUUCCAAAUUUCUUAGUUAAAAUCGCGCACGCAAACACCCGCCGCAAAUAAUAGUGACGUGAAACCAUCGUGGCCACAUUUAAACCGACGCCAACCGAUUGUCCAGUAUUUUCGGGCUGUUUAGUGUCCAGCGACUGAAAAACACCUUUAUCUACACCCGAAGGUCGAUUCGGCUUGGCAUUGGAAAAGCGGCAACUUUAGGUGGUUCCAUCGUUGAAAAAGCGGCCAGAAGCUGAAAGUCAACCCGGAGUUCCAGGCGAAAGUAAGAUAAAGACGAAGACUUUUGACCAAAUCCCCAAAUGUUUGGGACUCAAUCAAAAAUCGCUGAGAUUCAAAUAAUGGAAGCGUAUUUGAAAAGAAAGGCACCAGAGUCAGAUGGUCCGAAAAAACGGCAAAAGCUAGAAGAGUGUCCCCAUAAGGAGAGAUGUUACCGCAAGAACCCCCAUCAUUUCAAGCAGUUUGAGCAUCCCUUUCUGAACAACCUGAUAGAAAUGGGCGAUUUGGUGACCAUACCAGAAAACAUGCCUCAGACUAAGGAGAACUAUCUGGAACAAUUGGAGAUUUUGAGGCCGAUUUUGCAAGCCCGAAAGUCCAGUGAAGCGCCUGAGACUAAAACAACCACUAGUACACAGAACAGGAAAGAACAUAAACCCCAGGCAACCUCUUGCAGUGGCUCCUCGGGGAAAAUUUGCGGAAAAACUGCAGUCGACAACACUCAGUGUAGUGUUGGCUCAAUGCUGGACAAACUGCAGAAAAACGCCCCUUACAACCUAUUUUUCACAACCAUUCCCAAGAGCCAACACACUUUGACAGCCCCAAACAGUGUCACUUUCACAGACCUGCUUUGCCCCAGCUUGGGGCCCCUGAAGGAGUCCUUACAGAUCAACUUCAUGAUUGAUAUCGGUUGGCUUGUCAAGCAGUACAAAGCGCGCGAACAAGAUAACAAACCUUUAACAAUCCUGUAUGGGGACGACUGGCCUGAUAUGGUGGAAUACAUGCGGCGGUUUUGCCCGAAUGUGAAGCACCAUUUUGUGAAAAUGAAGGACCCAUUUGGGUGCCAUCACACUAAACUGGGAAUUUAUGCCUACGAGGACGAGUCUAUACGGGUGGUGGUUUCCACCGCAAAUUUAUACUAUGAAGACUGGAAUCAUUACAAUCAAGGACUAUGGAUUAGCCCCAGAUUGGCAAAGCUGCCCAGCAACAGCGCGGAGCGCGAUGGAGAAGCAAUAACAGGCUUCAAAGGCCAUUUGUUGGACUAUCUACGCUCCUAUCAACUCCCCAUUUUAAGGGACUGGGUGAAAUACGUGGCAAAUGCUGACUUUGGGGAAGUCAAGGUGGCUUUGGUGUAUUCAGCACCCGGCAAGCACUACGCGAAGCAAAACGGAAGCCACUUGCAUCGGGUAGGCGAUUUGCUGAGUCAACACUGCGUCCUUCCUGCCAAAACGACUGCCCAAAGCGAAGGCCCUUUGUCAUGGGGCAUUCUGGCGCAAGCAUCUAGCAUAGGUUCAAUUGGCAAAACUGCCGCUGAGUGGCUGAGGGGCUCGUUGCUGAGAAGCUUAGCCAGCCAUAAGCAGAGCCCGUUACCCGGCAAUUCUCAGGCCACCAUUAGCUUGGUGUAUCCAAGUGUAUCGAACGUGGCCCAUGGGUAUUUCGGGCUGGAAAGCGGCGGAUGUCUGCCUUAUUCCAAAGCCACCAAUGAGAAGCAGCGCUGGUUGCAAACUUAUAUGCAUCAAUGGAUUGCUGAUGCCAGACACCGAACCAGGGCGAUGCCCCACAUAAAGUCCUACUGCCGAGUGUCCCCGGGCCUGGACAAACUGGCCUACUUUCUCCUAACUAGUGCCAAUCUAUCAAAGUCAGCCUGGGGCAACAACAUUCAGAAGGAUGGGGGGUGUUACAUCAGAUCAUACGAAAUGGGGGUGAUGUUUUUGCCCCGCUUUUUCGACGAGGAGUUUUUUGAAAUUAGCAACCCCACCACCACUAAGGCGCUGUUUCCUUUUAUCUACGAUUUGCCUUUGACUCCGUAUAAAAAGGACGACUAUCCCUGGUGUAAUUAGGUAUUUUGCUUGUUCUACUAUGGUUUUUUUUGCUAUAUAUAAUAUAAACCUCUCGAAUCA